AGAGUAAGCUUUGAAGAUGGCCAGCAGCGACAGCGCACCGACAGCAGAGCCUGUCCAAACACAGCAGAGCGACACUUACGAUAAAAAAUGUAUUUUCUGCAAAAUUGUGAACGGGGAGAUGGACACUGAGCUCCUGCACCAUGAUGAAGAAAUAUCCUGUUUCAGAGACAUAAGACCUGGGGCUCCUCAUCACUAUCUCAUUGUGCCAACAAAACAUGUAGGGAAUUGUAAAUCGCUUCGAAAAGAACAUAUUUCACUAGUGGAAAAGUUGGUGGAAACUGGGAAAGAUAUUCUUCAGAAGAACAAUGUCACGGAUUUAAGUGAUGUCAGGUUUGGGUUCCACUGGCCUCCAUUCCACUCUGUUGUACAUCUGCAUCUCCAUGUUCUGGCACCUGUCAGUCAAAUGGGCUUCAUGUCUCGCUUGAUCUUCCGUCCGGGCUCCUAUUGGUUUAUUACGGCAGACCAGUUGCUCCAACGACUGAACUCGAUGGACUAAGAGGAGUGAGAAAACUAUCACUUAUCUUGAUGCUGGGGAUGUAAGUGGAUCUACUGUGUGGACAAGAGGUGAUGUUUAAGUGCCUCAAACCUUUAAUGAUUAUUUAGGCAUUAGUGUUUGCAUGUGAGCCAACAAGACAAACUAAAUUUGCAGCUACAUUAAAAUCCUGUUUAGAGCUGAACUUGAGUAAUAGUUAUUUUGGCUGUUAAAGUGAACUGUUUAAUGAAUGCUUGAGAUUAUUUCCUCUUGUAUAUCACUAUUCCUGAUUGAUGUGUAAUUCAACUAUUACUCAUGCCUACGUGAGCAACUACACACAGAGAAUAGUUCUUACACAGAGAUAGAGAUGUACACAUCCUCCCCAUCUUAUCAUCUUCCAAAAUACUUGUAUAUCAAGGGUGUGAUGAGUUGAUAAGUGUUUUAAAAAUGUAACUCAUUCCAAUGGAAAUCAAUCUGAAUAUACAUGACCUAAUUAGAAUAAACAUUAACAUUACCUAAGAGCAGUUAAUAUACAAUGUAACCAGGUUGAAACCAAGUUGAGCCUGGUCACCAUCACUACAACCUUUUUUUUUAAAUAAAUGACCAUUUAUAAAAGAAAAAAAAACUGUCUUUUACAGGAUUGAGUGUUGUCUAGUACUUGUGAAUGCUGCCUUGUAAAUAUAACAAUCAAAACAUCAUAACCAGUGAAGGAUAUAAACAUAUGACCAGAACACGUACUGUAGUAUUCCAGUGUUUUUACAAGCUUUCAUAUGAGCCAAGAGCCUUGCUAUUAUAACUAUUUAACAUCAACAUAGUAUACCAGAUCCUAUUUGUGUAGUGCACCUCUACUUGUACUUGAUUGAAUGGAUAUGUGUGGGUGAAAUAAGUACUGCUUACUCAUUGGAUGCAUUCAAUCCUCAUUAGACUUUCAUAGUCUAGCCUGAGUGCUGUAUUGCAAAACAUGAAUGAUUAAUGUUGUUAAAAAUGCAAGAAUGUAAAUUGAUUACUUUUGUGAAUGUAUAUAUAAUAAUUUAAAUUAAAUUGACUUAAAACCUGAAA